AUGGGCUCUAUUGGAAGAAAGUUCGAUGCCUUUCACCGAGUGGACAGGGAGUACGGCGAUAUUGCCGGCCACCCCCUGGAGGCAAGCCUCUUCGUCCCAAAGACUACAAAGCCUGGGGCCUCCUGUCCAGUGCUUGUGCAUUUUCACGGUGGUGGGUUCAUUGUUGGCCAUCGACUCUAUGAACCGUGGUAUGCAGACUGGUUAUUGGAAAUGGCACUGUCUAAAGGGGCGGUCAUUGUCAGUCCGGACUUUCGUCUCCUACCCGAAGCGAGCCCUUUAGAAGUGCUUGACGACAUCCACUGUUUCUGGCAGUGGCUACAUCAGGAUGCUGCUGCAGACGCCAUGUCUUGGGUAUACUGCCCAGUAAAUCUGGAUUUGGGGCAAAUUGCGCUACACGGCGAAAGUUCUGGCGGCUGGCUCGCAGUUCAAUCCUGUCUGAAAUUUCCUGAAGCCCGUAUAAAAUGUGUGAUUACCAGCAGCGCAAGCCUUGACAGCCAAAUACCUUAUCUCACAAUUCCUGGACCCAAAAACAUCAUGGGCCAGCCACCCAUUCCGGCUCGCCAGGCGGAAUUGACGAUACGAAAAUACAUACGUGGGAUUGUCCCCGGUGCGAUCCGGACAGCUACCGAGCCCACAGAGUCAUGGCACCUUUUUAUCUGUAUGAUCCAGCAAGGCUAUUACUCUCGUAUUUUCAACACACCCCAUCACGAGGACCUCGAUAUUAUGAAAGCCGUGUCUGGUAUGGAUGAUAUCUGUCCAAUCUGGCUUAUGCAUGGUACUGGGGAUACCCUUGUCCCCUCUGAAUGCUCAUCAAACUUCGCGUAUAAGAUGAAGAAGAUAAAGCCAGAUGUGCCGGUCCUCUUGACUCUGCGGCCUGGUGAGCAUGGAUUUGAUAAAGCAUGUUCCAUGCAGGAGGAAUGGAUGGAGGAAGGGGUUUCAUUCGUGGAGAGAUAUUGGCCUUGA